AUGUCGCUCCCAAAACGCAUCAUCAAAGAAACUGAGCGUCUCAUCGCCGACCCAGCACCUGGCAUCAGCGCCACUCCUCACGAGGAUAACUUGAGAUACUUUGACGUUGUCAUCUCGGGUCCCACACAGAGCCCUUUCGAAGGCGGCGUCUUCCGUCUCGAGUUGUUCUUGCCAGAGGAGUACCCGAUGUCCGCUCCCAAGGUUCGCUUCCUCACCAAGAUCUACCACCCAAACAUUGACAAGCUCGGCCGCAUCUGCCUAGACAUUCUCAAAGACAAGUGGUCCCCAGCCCUCCAGAUCCGCACCGUCCUGCUCUCUGUCCAAGCUUUGCUCUCCGCACCAAACCCGGACGACCCGCUCGCCAACGACGUCGCUGAACACUACAAGAAGGAUGAGAAGGGUGCCAUCGAGGUGAGCAGACAAUGGACAGCAUUGUAUGCCAAAUGA